AUGUCUUCUGAAAACGCUGUGUCACAUGAUGAAGGCUGUGAAACACCCUCCUCCUCACCAAAGGAUGAACCUCUGAGGUUAGUUCUGCUGGGUCGGACUGGGACUGGCAGAAGCUCCUCGGGGAACACCAUCCUGGGAAGAUCAGCCUUCUGGGUGGAGGUGUCCCCCAGUUCCAUCACCACGAGGUGCAGGAGACAGACUGGGACAGCAGGCGGGUGCAGCAUCUCUGUUGUUGACACCCCUGGGUUCUUCCAUACACACCUGUCCCCUCAGGAGGUCAUGGCAGAGGUGGGUCAGUGUGUGAACUUGUAUCCUCCUGGCCCCCAUGUCUUCUUGGUGACCCUGCAGCUCGGCAGGUUCACGCAGGAGGAGCGGGAGGCCUUGGAGUGGAUCAGGGUGCGGUUUGGGCCUGAAGUGUCCAGAUUUACUAUAGUUCUGUUCACCUGGGGGGACCAGCUGCGAGGCGAAGGUGUUGAGGACUUCCUGCAAAAGAGCCAUGAGCUGUCAGAGUUCGUCAGCAGCUGCAAGGGAGGGUACCACGUUAUUGACAACAGUGGACAGGAUGAUACAACAAACUGUUCACAUCAAGUCCUUCAACUUCUGAAGAAGGCUGAUCAGCUUGUAGCCAACAAUGGAGGCGGUUGCUAUAGCAACGUAAUGUACCAGGAGGCUGAGAGUGUCUUCAGAGAGGCACAAGAGAGGAUUCAGGAGAACAGAAGUCACAGACUGGAGUCUCCUCACAAGGACUCUAAAGAGAAGAGAGCAGAGUCGGAGAGGACGAGGAGGGAGGAAGAGGAGGCCAGGAGGAGAGAAGAGAGGCUUUUCUGGUGCGAGCUGGUGACUGCGCUGGGGAGGGGGGCAGCAGAGGGAGCAGGGAUAAUCGGAAAGGACAAAGGAAAACCCGUGAAGAAGGUGAAGGUGGUCGAGAAGGCAGCAGCUCUGGCAGCGUCGCCUCUCUGCAUCAAAUCUGCUGCAAAGGUGGUGGGGGGAGCGGUGAGGGAGGGAAGUAAAGUGCUCCACAAACACAAAAAAACUCUGCUGGGCUGAAGACUGGGAGACGUGCUGGGAGGAAAGACUAUCUUUAUUUCAUUAUCACAAACCAGAUGCUGCAAACCUCUGCAGAUCA